UAUUUAAAGGGAGGUUGCUUAAAGCAUUGAUGUGAUAUGAAGAAUUUAAUCUUUCUUUCUCCCCACUUAUUCUGGGGCCAUCAUCUUCAUUCAUUCAUUAAUUCAAUUCUAUUUAGAUCAUCACUAGAUCUUCUGUAAACCACAAGAAACUACCACACACACACAUACUAGUUAGUUCUCAGCUAUAAUACUAUAUUAUAGUUAGUUACAUGCCAAUCUUGCUUUACCUUACCUGUUAGAGAAGUAAUAAAGACUUUUGUAUUGCUUAAGAGACUAUAUAGUUAAGCUAAUAUAUAGAAUUAAGAGUGGAGUGGAGUGGACAUUAAAUGGGAGAAGAAAGGAUGACGAGAACAAGUUGUGAAGAAUGGAAGCCUUUUAUGGCAAUGGUAGUAGUCGACUUUGCAUUCGCAGUCUUGAAUAUUCUUCUAAAGAAAGUACUUGACCAAGGAUUGGAUCAUUUGGUUCUUGUCACCUACCGUCUCACCAUAUCUGCCAUUUUCUUGGCCCCAAUUAGCUACUUUUGGGAAAGGGAUGGUAGACCAAAGCUUACAGUUCGUAUCUUAUGCUACCUGUUCCUAAGUGCUAUUGUUGGGGCAUCUCUAACACAGUAUCUGUUCCUUCUUGGAAUUCAAUACACAUCAGCCACUUUUGCAUGUGCCUUUGUCAACAUGGUGCCUGUCACCACAUUCCUAAUGGCCUUACCAUUUGGAUUGGAAGCAGUUAACAUCAAAUGCAACAGUGGGAAAGCCAAAGUAAUAGGAACAUUGGUGUGUAUAGGAGGUGGUGCUAUUUUACUACUAUACAAAGGAGUCUCUUUGUUUGACAACAACCACUCACAUGCUACCAUAGACAGGGCCAUUACUAAACUCAGCUCCUCUAAGAAAGCAGAGAGAUGGAUGAUUGGGUCAAUAGCUCUAAUCAUGGGAACUCUCUCAUGGUCUUCCUGGUUUCUUUUGCAAUCUAACAUAGGCAAGAGAUAUCCUUACCAGUAUUCGAGCACUGCUAUCAUGUCCUUCUUCGGUGCCAUUCAGUCCGCUAUCUUGAGCUUCUCCACCGGAAGUAACCUCUCUGUGUGGAUUCUAAAGGGGCCGCUGCAAAUUGUAACAGUUGUAUUCGCUGGGAUGGUAGGAUCAGGGUUGGGGUUUGUCACCAUGUCAUGGUGUGUAAAGAAAAGGGGUCCAGUCUUCACAGCUGCCUUCAGUCCACUUGUUCAGAUUAUGGCAGCCAUGAUAGAUAUCCCCAUUUUGCAUGAGAGCCUCUACCUUGGAAAUGUGAUAGGAUCUGUCGUAGUAAUCAUCGGCUUGUAUAUCCUCCUUUGGGGUAAAAAGAAAGAAAUGCAGAAUUUCGCCAACAAAUUAGCACAAGAAACGGAAGAAAACAAGAUACAGGAGCCACAGUUACAGGCUAUCACAAUUUCUAGUGAAUCACAGGCUGUCGCAGUUUCCAGUGAUUCGCGUCAUUCUUAAAUCGAAAACUAGCAUUGAAAAUGCACAAGAAUCAACUUGCACAUUUCCACUGCCUCAAUAAUACAAGCAUUCCUUCCACUCUCCUCUGCAUCUAAAGUUGGAGAAGCUCUCUAAUAUUCUUUGAGUGUGGGUCAUGUUAAUGUAGUUUUUGAAGGGUCAUCUGAAUCAAAUUCAAACUAAUAAGAUAUUUGAUCAGAGGAUACUUACCUUUUUCCUGUAAACAUGUGCCAUACAUUACAUAAUAUAUACAAAAUAUAAAUAUAUAUA